CCGCGCCAUCGUCCCCCCCGUCACGACCAUUGAAAUGUGGAGUAAUAAAGAAAACAAAGAUUCAAACACAACCCGAAGAUUCGAACUCCUUCUCGGAAAAUUCCACAGAUUUGAAUCCAUCUCUCUUCCGAUUCAAACUCAAAAACCCUAAUUUUCAAUGUUAAUCUGUAUAUAUUGAUGGAUCUAUAUGUACGUGUGCGAUUCCUAAUGUAAUGCGCGUCGGAGAUGCCGAGCGUGGCUGUGAAAUUGUACAGCGUUUUGUUCAAAUUCCUCCUCAAACGACGAUUGCAGACCUUGAUCGAGUAUCCGAUCUGCAACGAUUCCGAUCGUGUAUACGGCGUCGUUUCGCGCCCUGACGAGGCCAUCGCCGCCGUCAACCCUAGCUUCGGCGAGGACGGCGUCGCCACCAAGGAUCUCCACAUUGACCCCUCGACUUCUCUCUCUCUCAGGAUUUUUCUCCCCGAUUCCGCUGUCGCGUUGCCUGCCGCUAUCCCUAAGAUCAAAGCUAGGGUUUCGUCCGCUAAAGUGAGCUCCAGGGACGAGAAGAGUCCAGCUUUGUCUGAAAGUGGAGGGUAUGGAGGGUAUUUGCCGGAUAAGAAUGGGAGGAACUGCAGGAAAUUGCCGGUGAUAUUGCAGUUUCAUGGUGGCGGGUGGGUGGGUGGGGGUUGUGACACCGUAGCCAAUGAUUUGUUUUGUAGAAGGAUAGCCAAAUCGUGUGAUUCCAUUGUUGUGGCAGUCGGUUACAGGCUGGCACCUGAGAGCCGCUAUCCGGCUGCGUUUGAUGAUGGGUUGAAGGUGUUGAAUUGGCUCGCGAAACAGGCGAAUCUGGCUGAGUGUAGCAGGUCGUUUGUGAAUGGGAGGCCGGUGGGGGGCGAAGAUGGGAGGAGAAGGCAAAUAGUUGAUGGGUUCGGCUCUUCAAUGGUUGAGCCUUGGUUAGCUGCUCAUGCUGACCAUUCCAGGUAUUCAUUCAUGUUAUUCAAUUUUUAUGUAUAGCUUCUGCAUACAUACUCCAUUUUUUCCUUUAGCUGAAUUGCUUGAUCUUAUUAAAUCAUUUUUUGUUUAUUGAGCUCAUUGGCCCAUUGCAUUUUGGUAUUAUUUAAAGUUAGAAUUGUGUAAAAGAUUAAGGUCCAUGUUCAAUGUGAAGCCUUUCACUAAUUAAUUUUAAAAUAAUAAUGAAAUGCUGUCAAGUCA